AAGCACUCUGUCCAACUGGUCAAACGCUACGGAGUACAAAAUUUCGAUCUCUGGGGUCUUCAGAACUUGAGAAGCCGAUGAGGAUGAGCCAUACCUCCUGGUCGUCUUAAGGGUGUACGAAUUCAUCUUCGAGACUCUCUUACUGAGUUAUGCAAUGAGUGGUACAGGCAACAUCUUUCCAGGGCAAAUUCGUUCUGAGAAGCUCUCCCUUUUUUGAUUGUUUGCUAAACAUGUGCACUUUUGUGUGUGAUUGAUCAAUGAAUCGUCCAGUCAAGGGAGUUGCACCAAGAGCUCUCUCUCUGGCCAUCUUCCUUCGACUCUGAACCUUUCAAAGGCGUUUCGAAGCAAUCGGACUCCUCCUAGUCCCUCCAAAGCAUUGUUUAUCUUUGUCACUUAUGAUACAUUCUCUCCGUGUUUCCGUGAUCGACUCAAGUACCCCUUGUCCCAGAUAACGGCAGGAUAUGCGGCCAUGUCAACCAUGUCUUUUGCGGACUCACCCGACGAUACCAUGCGACCAGAAGACAAGGCGUACAUGAUGCUAUUUGGGACCCCUGAACAGGAGUCCAACUCCUUCGAUGAGUUCUUCAACGAGGAUAUGUACAAGCUGGAGGCGAGCGAAGGUGAUGACGAGAAGCAACAGCAUUUUGGCAUCUUUGACGAUUUUCUUGCCAAUGAAGCCAUUAAGGAGCAUCAUAACAAAGCCUCACUCGCAACGAUUCCCUCACCAGAACGGGAUUCCUCACCUCAGCCGUGGCGACAAGGAGUAUGGUGUCUGCGGCCCAGACAGCAGCCUUCUGAGCUGGUGGUGGAGAAAGUACGUCGGCUCGAAACAAAGCGACCGCCUCUCCACCAUCAAACAAUGAAUCUGGUCAAUCAAUACGUCCCAAAAGCUCCCAUUCCAACAGCGUCUCUAGACACCACCUCGGCGAGUCGAACCAGGCGAUAUGCAACAACGCCAUAUGCUGCUGCAAUAGAUUCAUCUGACUUGACAAGACCAUCGUUCACACGCGAAGCCACACUCUCGCCGAGCCCUAUGUAUGCACAACUACCCAUCGCUUCAAGAGAUGGUCAUGGGGACACGAGUACAUGGCAGCAAGAUUUUCAAAAUUUUCAUCUCCGCCCCUCUUGUGAGGCUCCACUUCAUUCACCGUCACGGCAUCACUAUAGAACGAUGAAGACUCGUGAGAAGAACUCUGCGGGAGUGGCAGAAAACCACACCCUUGCACUCCCUGCUGUUCUGCCAGAAUCGCUUGGAGGUGGAAGUUGCUCAGCAGCAAUCGACCCCUUUCUGCUUGAGCAAUCCGAACAGCGGCCGAAUUUGUAUCAAUACCAAGUUGGAUCGCCACGUGCUGACGGCAUUUCACAUGGGCUGCUGUCAAUUCAUUCGCCCAGCAGUGGGAGUGAUCCAUCAUCAAGCAGCUCACAUCAUUCCCACGAAGCAAGAUCCUAUACGUCGAACACCAGUGUCGAGAUGCAUUCGCAGUCGGUCUUUUCUCCUCCCACUACCGCUGACUUUCUUUCUCAUCCGCCGCUCCCACGACUGGAGCCUGAAGAAACCUACCCUGUUCUCGCUGCACCGACGCCGCAACGUAUUCCACAUCCGAUCCUGCAGCAGCCAGCUACUGCCUCGCUGAUCGGACUGGGCAUUCAGUAUCCUCGAUGGGAACAAACUGGUCAACAGGCGUCUUACGAUCCACUGUCAUCGUCUACAAUGCCAGAACCGGUGAUCUACUCUCCACCAGCGCGGACAAUGCCAGUACCUGCGCCGUCGUUGUCGUCAUACCCACCUCUUCCGCCCCCAGCGUCCUACAUCUUUUCCGAACAGUCCACUUUCAUGACACCGCGCAAACAACGACGCUCACCGUCAAGAUCUCCUUCACCUCCUAUCUCGCCAACGACUAUCAGCCCCCGCAGAACUACCCGGCGUUCACCAACCAGGACAGUCACAGAUUACACUCAUAGUCGCAGGAAAUCGAUCCACAAAUCAGGUCCAAUGCGGGAUCAUACCGUUUCACAAGAGCCGCCGCUUCCAUCACCCCGAACCAGAUCCUCGUCGAGACCACCUCGAACACCCAAGAGGCCCAAGACGCCAACCAGUGCAGUUCCCAAGAUCGGCUUUGUCAAUUUCACCCCAGCCGAUUCGGCCAAGUUGAUGAGCGAUGUGGCGCCAAGUGGCAGUUCGAAGACUCGAGCUCGUCGAGAACUGGAAGCUCGAGAAAAGAGGAAGAAGUUGAGCGAGGCUGCGUUGAAAGCGGUACGGGUUGCAGGGGGCGAUGUCGCUGCAUUUGAAAAGGCGAUCUUCACAUAACGCGUCAAGCAUCUGAUUUGUUCUUCUUGUAAGAGUACGAGUAGUAAUCGCUGUAAUUUAGCAUGAAUGGUAUGUAUUGUAUUGAUAGGGAUUCUCGGACAGAGAGUCUUUUUGUUAUCAA